UUUAGAAUCCGGGUGAGUUUUUCUUAAGCAAAAUGUUGUUGAUCGACUGCGAUGACAAGUAAACAACACUCUGAUGAACAAUUGGAGGGUGCUUUUUUAUUUAAUUAUAUUUUCCCGAGGGACGUAUCUUGAGAGCAACAUGAUAUAAACCGUUGACAAUUCUCAUAUAUAUAUAUAUAUAUAUAUAUAAUAAGUAUACGAGGAGCAGACAGCCACCGGACGGCAACUCACCAAGCUUGCAAUUAGAUAUGUCUUGUUGAUCUCGUUGUGAUCUUUAUAUUCUUAAUUUGAAAUACGGCUUAAUUCGUUCUAGCUCAUGAUCCUCUCGGAUCUAUUUCUCCGAUCCAUUCCUACAACAAAGAAAAUCAAAGCUUUUUGGGUCUCUGAUCCCCAUGGAUGGCUUUGCUUAUAGCUUGGGAAUCUGCUUUGGCUUGAUUGGGCUUAUCAUAACGAUGACUGCGGCAUCUUACUUCUGCAACCGCAGGCAUUCAGGCCAUGAACCUGCAGCUCCUACCAACAGCAACUCCAUUACAAGCACUGACGAAGAAGACUCCGCCGUUGAUGUUGAGGUCGGCAUCGACGAAGCCGCUCUCCGGAGCUACCCGAAGUUCCUUUACUGCAAAGCCAAGCUCCACAAAGGUGAUGAUCAUCACUCAACCGCUUCCUGCUGCUACAUAUGCUUGGCGGAUUAUGGGGAUGCCGAUAUGCUUAGGCUGUUGCCGGAUUGUGGCCAUCUUUUCCAUGGGAAGUGUGUGGAUCCUUGGUUACGGCUGCAUCCAACUUGUCCCGUCUGCCGGAGCUCGCCAGCCCCAACUCCUCCGGUGACAACUCCUCUCUCUGAUGAUCAGGUGGCUCCCAGCUUGGCAGUAGGACGAGAUAUUUGAUCAGAUGGAGGCCGCUCAAAGUUACAGGUUUGAAGCUAGAAAUCAUAUAUAUUUUUUCCUUUUUUUUUUUUCUACGAAUUAAUUAAUUCUUACCUAAUUUUGGCAUGAUGUUUUUUAUAGUACUCUCGUUAAUAUUGAUGCAUCGUUCAAAAAAUUAUGAGAUAUUUCAUGGAAGCAUCUUUCAAAGAACCUGCAUGCAUUACCUAUUAAUAUUGAUGUGGAAAAGAUAGAGUUCCAGUUACCGCUCACAUUU